AUGGGUCAAGAAGCAGUGGAAUUGGGCCAUGGUGAAGUGAACAUAAUUGGGGUGGAGGAGAACACCCUUAUUGCCAGUUUGUGUGACUUGUUGGAGAGAAUUUGGAGCCACGGUUUGCUUACCAAAAAGGGCAAAUCGGCACUGUGGUCCCACAUGCUUAGUUUCCUGGAACUUGAAGAAAUUAAUGAUUCUGGCAAACCUAUAGAUCCUAAACUGUUAACACCAGCUGUGUCGACAAGCACUGCCAUUCAGGUAGCCACCCAGAUGGUUGCACUGGUCCCUGGUCUACUACAAAGUUCAGCCAAUCUAAAGAACUAUUUGACACCACCCACACCUGAUUAUUUCACUGGAAAUCACUUGUGGCCCAACCUGUCCACCCAUGACAGUCCCAACCGAAACUACAAAGAAAUACAUUCUGAUGCUGCAGCAAACAGUGUCGAGGUUGAAAAGGAGAAACCAGCUGCUCUCACACACAGGCGUUCUCGUAGUAAAGGAGGAACUGAGCUACCAGUAUUAAAAGCAAUGCCUAAGUCUCUUACCUCAGAUAUGAAAAAAGUAAAGGCAAUGACAGACAUAAAGACAGAUGUUGGGUUUGCAAGGGCCUUUGUACGGCUUGCCCUUGAGAAAAAAACCCUCUCUACCCACCUGAAGGAGUUGCUGGCUGAUGCUGACCUUCUACGUAGCCUGUAUAAGCGUUAUGCAUUUCUCCGUUGUGAAGAGGAACGAGAACAAUUUUUAUAUCAUCUCCUCUCUUUGAAUGCCGUUGAUUAUUUCUGUUUCACAAACACGUUCACAAAUACCAUUGUUCCAUACAAAGUGUUAAUCUUCCCAAGCACCAAAUUUGGUUGUUUUACUACUAGUGCCAAUCCCUGGAUCAGUAUAGCUGGGCAACUUGGGGAGACUGGUGUCAUUGAAAUCCCCAAGGGUUGUUUAGAGUUUAAUACUGAGCAAAAGAAUUUGGGCGUUCUCACCACGUUACGAAUUGGACAUGACAAUAGUGGCAUGACUCCAAAAUGGCUGGUAGAGUACGUAUUAGUCCGUAAUGAAAUUACUGGACAUCUCUUUAAAUUUCCAUGUGGCAAGUGGCUUGGCAGGGUUGAUGAUGGCAGUACAGAGCGUCUUUUAGUUGGAGAACUUGUUCACCCUGCCACUGAGACAGAAGAUCUGGGCACUUUAUCUCGAACUCCUCCACGUUGCAUGUCUCCAGCUCCCACAGGAUCUCCACGACACAAAUUAAUGGAACAAAGUUUGUCCAUUCCUGAAAUUCAGGAGAUGCUAGGCCAUGCUGUCAAUAACAUUGUUAAACAUUUCCAUAAACCUGAAAAAGAGCGUGGUAAUAUAACAUAUUUGUUAUGUGGAGAAAAUGGUCUUGUACAGUGCAUAGAAUGUGUUUUCAAAUGUGGUUUCAAAUCUGCUCGUCUUUUCCGACACAAAUUUUACUCCUGGGAUUACCUUGAGAAAGUGAAAAGCUGUUUUGAAACAUUUCUUGAAUGUCCCGAAAGUUUACCGCCAAUAGCAUCAACUGACCAAGCCAAAGCCGGUUACUGGUUAUUCUGUAAAAGAAUGAAUCAGAUAAACAAUGCAACUUCAGAGACCAUUGGAAAAGAUGGCCGCUUCCAAUUAUUUGUUUGUGUUGGGAUCAGAGAUCGAUUGUUACAACAAUGGCUACCCCUAAUGGCCAACACCACAGUCACACAGCAAAUGUAUGAAGAGAACUCCUUCCUUCGAGACAGACGUGCUAUGAGUUUUCUAGUGCAUAUCUUGGACACUCUAAACGACUACAAUGUUUGUCUAGAGUCUUCACUGACUCGUGGUUUGGACAUCUGA